GGAAAGCUCCUGAUGCUGAGUCUUUCGUUGCAGAUCCAUCAGUGGGCCCAGCGGCACAGGAACUGGAGGCCACAGGAAGUGAGCCAGCAGAUUGUCCGUGGCCGUGAGCAGAACUCCCAGCCACUGAGGGGCCUCCACCACCAGCUUCCCAUGAGAAGUCCUCCAAUGUUCCCGGGACUUCUCAAGAAGGGAAGGAAGGUGGAGAAGCCGCCCGUGAGACCUCUGCGUGCAGCCAUCAGGUGGGAGCGCUGGGAGCACCACGGGGAGGAUCGGGAGCAGCGGCCACACCAGCCUAAGCCCAAAAGGAGAUUGCCGAGCCUGGUCCCCACCCCAUUUGGGCUGCGGCCAAAACAGAUGGACCUGCCCCGGGUUACAAAAGAGUAUUACGAGGAGCAGGCGAAAUUUGACGAAGAUAUGGAAAGACGUAAGAUCCGUCACCAGCUUGCCAGCCGCACAAAGCCUGCCAUUCCUCUUCCGGCCAGCAAGCCGAUGAGUAUCUCACAGCAACAGGUGGAUUCGGGACAGAGUUCUAGGAGGCCACCUGUUCAGCGACCACACACAGGGGAUUUGGACGAGAUCCGCCGCCUGCGCGCCAAGGUGAUAGCCUCUGUUGAGCGCACCAAGAAGCCCGCAGGCAAGCGGGACAAACCCUUGGGAAAGCCAUCUGCACCAAUUCGGCCAUCCGCACCAAUUCGGCCAUCCGCACCAAUUCGGCCUCCCGCACCAAUUCGGCCACCCGCAGGGGAUUUGGACGAGCUCUGCCAUCAGCUCUCCAAGCUCGCCAUCUCCCCUGCCGGCAGCAGGACAGUGGCCAUGCCACCCACGGGAGGCACCCCCUUGGCAAGGAUGAGCCACCAGCUGCCCAAGAGGACGCUGUCUGCCACCAGCCAAAUGAAUCCCGCCGUGCCUCCUCAGGGCAGCAAGCGGGCCAGGGUUUUGGAGAUGAUGAGCCACCAGCUGCCCAAGAGGAGACUCUCCACCACCAGCAAGUUGAAUCCAGCCGUGCCUCCUCAGGGCAGCAAGCGGGCCAGGCUGUUGGAGAGGCUCUCCAAGCGGAGGCUCUCCGCCACCAGCAGCCUGCAGCCCGCCAUCUCUCUCCCAGAUCUCAAACGAGCCAGGCCAGACUCAGGCUGAGGAUCUGGCCUGAGCCACAACUGCAUCCUGCCAGCCUCCCAAUCCCCCCGCUGAAGCCAUCUGCCAAGGGAAACCAAGGGGGAUUCCCACCAUGUCUCCAGGGAGGAUCGGG